AUGUCCGACCUAAUCACCAAGUUCAAAACCUUGUCUAUCUCCAGCCCAGCUCUAUCCAGAGAGCAAAAUGCAUUCAACACACAAUGGCAAUCCGUUCUUAAAUCCGGCCAAGUUGAACAACAACUGGAUCAAAUGAACUUGUUCCUAAGAGAUAACACUUUCUUAGUGAGCACUUUGCAACCUACCGAGACCGAUGUUGAGGUGUUCGAGGCCGUUCUACCAUUAUCCAAGCAAUUGGUCUCUUCUACCAAGGAUGUCAAGGACGUUUACGCUAAAUACAGACACGUCUUUAGAUGGGUAGACUAUUUACAAAACUUACUUGCUGUUCCAUCCGGUGACCAAUUGACUUUGAACCACGAUUUGGAACUUCCACGUGAGAUCAUUGAAAAGAAGAAGAAGAGUGAUGGUAAGGCUGCCGAUGCUAAAGCUGAUGCAGGUGUCAAAGACGCUAAGAAAGCCGAUAAGAAGGCUACUGAUGGUGAACAAAAACAACGUGGUAAGCCAGAUGAAGAAACAUUGAAGAAAUUAAGAGAAGAGGCCAAAGCCAAGAAGGCUGCAAAGAAGGCUGCCAAAGCACAAGAAGAAGCCGCUAAGGGUAAAGACGGAGCUGCCGCUGCUGGCGCUGCCGGUGAACUACCAGCUCCAUCUGUUGUUGAUUUCCGUGUUGGUUUCAUUCAAGAAGCUGUCAAGCAUCCAAAUGCCGACUCCCUAUAUGUGUCCACCAUCGAUGUCGGUGAUGAAGAAGGUCCAAGAACUGUGUGUUCUGGUCUAGUCAAACAUUUCCCAUUGGAAGCCAUGCAACAGCGUUACGUUGUUGUAGUAUGUAACUUGAAGCCUGUCAACAUGAGAAGUAUCAAGUCCACUGCUAUGGUUCUAUGUGGUUCCGAUGAAGAACAUGUCGAGUUUGUCGAACCACCUGCAGGUUCCGUUGCUGGUGACAAGGUCUUCUUUGAAGGCUUUGGUGCUGAAGAGCCAUUGAAGCAAUUGAACCCAAAGAAGAAGAUCUGGGAAGCUUUACAACCACAUUUCAGCACCAACGGUGCUCUUGAGGUUGUAUUCAAGAAAGAAGACGGUUCUGCUUUGAAAUUGACUAACGCCAAGGGCGAAUCCUUCAAAGUUGCUUCCAUCCAGAAUGCUAAUGUCCGUUAG